AUGUCUUUUUUGUGGCUUUUAAUGAUAAUUCAAGCUUUAUCAGUGCAGUGUAUGUUUUACCGGUAUCCAAAACUAAAUAUCACAGAGCCAGAUGGUGGAGAUCCUGGAUCACCAUUGUUUUUGACGCAGUAUGUUGAAAGUGGUAACAUAACGGAAGGUCGACGACUCGCUCGAGUUGAAUUCACAGAAGCUUUACGUAUUAAGAGUUAUUCCGGAUUCUUUACUGUCAACAAGAAAUAUGAUUCAAAUCAAUUUUUCUGGUACUUCCCAGCCAUGGUACCAAAUAAUAAGGAUGCGCCAGUUAUCGUGUGGCUUCAAGGAGGUCCCGGAGCAUCCUCCCUUUAUGGACUUUUUACUGAAAAUGGCCCGCUAAGAGUUCGAGAUGGUAAAUUUGAAAGACGUAAAUAUAACUGGGCUCUUAGUCACCACAUUAUCUAUAUAGAUAAUCCUGUUGGCACAGGCUUUAGCUUUACAAAGGAUCCUAAAGGCUAUUGUACAAACCAGACUCAAGUUGGUGAGGACCUGUAUAAUACUCUAAUACAGUUCUUUCAGCUCUUUCCAGAACUACAGAAAAAUAAAUUCUUUAUAACUGGAGAGUCCUAUGCUGGUAAAUAUGUUCCAGCAUUGGCUUACACUAUUCAUAAAAAAAACCAGAAUGCGCAAUUAAAAAUUAAUCUUAAAGCUAUUGCUAUAGGAAAUGGCUUGAGUGACCCCGAACAUCAAUUGUUGUACAGUAAAUAUUUAUAUCAAAUUGGUUUGUUAGAUUGGAACCAAGCUAAGGUAUUUGCUGAGUAUGAAGACAAAGUCGUCACUCUAAUUAAAGAAAAGAAAUGGAUUCCUGCCUUUGAGGCGUUUGAUACUUUGUUAAAUGGAGAUUUAAUUGAUGGUAAAAGUUUGUUUUACAACAUGACUGGAUUUGAGUUUUAUUUUAACUUUUUACAUACAAAAGAUUAUUUCACUAAGAUGGAUUUUGGACCAAUGUUACAGAAAUCUUCUGUUCGCAAGGAAAUCCAUGUUGGUGCCCUACCAUUUAACAGUGGAAAAGAGGUUGAAGAACACUUGAAAGCAGAUAUAAUGCAAUCUGUUGCUCCAUGGAUCUCUGAGUUACUUGAUCAUUAUUAUGUAGUUGUUUACAAUGGUCAAAUUGAUAUUAUUGUUGCUUACCCAAAUACUCUUAAUUACUUAAGAAAUCUCAAUUUUACUGGUGCAGGAGACUAUAAGACUGCUAAAAGGUACCAAUGGAAGGUUGAUGGUGAGUUGGCUGGUUAUGUGAAGCAAGCAGGAAAGCUGGUGGAAUUAAUGGUUCGAAAUGCAGGCCACAUGGUGCCUGGAGAUCAACCAAAAUGGGCUCUUGAUAUGAUCACUCAUCUCACUCAUGAAAAGAUGUUUACUAAGAAUACUCUGUAA